CCCUUGACUUUCUUUUUGGGAGAAAUGAAACCGGAAGUUGCAAAGCAACACUCACGUCUGGGCUCGAGAUACUAUGUAACUUCGACUGGCUACUUUCGGUUCAUGUCCUUUGCUGAUGCCACAUUCCUGACAAAAGUUUGUACGUAUAAAAAAGAUCUGUAAACGAGUAAAGGCAGACAUAAAGUAAGAAUUUAACGUGUAAAUGUUCAUUUUUAGUCGUACGUUUACAGAUGAAAUUUAACGGUUACGUUUCAUGUUUCACGCAUCGCUUUUCUUACAAUCCUAACAAUUUCCGUAUGGACAAUCUACUUGCACCCGCUGCAAAACACUCCUAUCUGAGCGCCCGGGACAUAUUAAUCGAAUCCCCUCAAGAGUGUCGCAAAUCCAUGGAAGUUGAUUUGGGGAUGAUCUGGACAGACAAAAUCUGGACCAAUAAUAGACGUCUAUUUUUGGGCCACCUCAAGGCCAGGGCGGACCAUAUCUAAAAUUCAAGCAAAUAUGAUCCAAAUAGAGGAGUCCGUGCUUGCAUGCAGUGUAGUCUACUUAUUCUCGAUCGACUGAUUUGCUCUUUCUAUUAGGGUCAACGACAAAUAAUAGCCAGGCUACUUUAUAAUAUGGAAGUUUUCAAAUACCCUGUUUUCUUCGAGUGCCAGACUCUGGACACAUCACAGAAAGAGAAGAUAAAAAGGUACUUCGGAAUUAAACGUAAAUCCGGUGGCGGAGAUUGUGGACCAGUAGAAUCAGUUGGUGACAAAGUUUACAAGAUCGCAUUUACUUACCAGACAGUCCAGGAGAGGGUACUUCAGAAAGCUCAUUAUGUGUUGGAGAUGCCUGGAGGACCUCUCUCACUCACUCUGAGAGACAGCCUGGAGCCUCCACCCACAACAACCUCCCCAGUCAGCAGUCAGGAGAGGUACCACUCCCUCCCAGUCCAGACAUCUCCACCUGGUGGUCAAGAAUAUGUACUCCAUCGUCUGAGCACAGGGAAGCAGGAGAAGAUCAGCACCACCUGUCAUCUGGGACAGGUCCAGCUCCGUCUUCUAGGCGAAGUGAUAGAGAAGGAUCUAGGUGAGGUUGUUCCAGGGUUGAAGGUGACACGUCGUGACUCAGCUCAGCUGGUUCUGCACGGCUAUGCAAAUGAAGUCCAGACAGCCAGACAGUUGGUUACAGAUAAGAUCUCUCUGGUGCUGGAGCGGGUGGUGCCUGAGGUGUCCCCCCACCUCCUGUCCUUCCUGAGAGAUGAGUAUGGGAGGCCUGGGAACCUGAGCAGUCUGCUGGGGUUGGGACUCCAUGUGGAGGUAGAGCUGGGGGACACAGAGCUCCGUCUGUUCUCCCUCUCCUCUGGGGAACUGGACCAGGCUGAGAAAGAUCUGCUGGGGGAGUUUGGGGAGGAGAAGAUCGACGUGCCCAACGGUGCCCUCCUGGCUGAACUGAAGUCCAAACUUGAGACGAAGGAGAUGAACCAGAGCAGACGCAGGGUGGUAGCCAGGUACAGUCCUGGGUGUAGAGUGCAGCUGCUGGGCCACAUGAAGGAGGUUCAGGAGCUGAGGGAGGAGAUCAGGGCCUUUCUGUUAGACCAGUCCAGUGUGAGAGUCAUGAGACACCCUCAACAGAAUCAGGAUGGCGUAGUCAACGAAGCAGGCACCGGAUCAAUACGGGAGGAGACGGUCGCAGCCACCAGCUAUCGCCUCCGGCUGGGGCUGCAUGUAGUGGUUUGUCAGGGUGACAUCACCAAGGAACGGGCGGACGCCCUGGUAAAUGCAUCCAAUGAGGACCUGGAUCAUGCUGGGGGCGUGGCUGCAGCUCUGAGCAAGGCGGGGGGGCCUGAGGUACAGCAGGCCAGCAGGGAUCUGGUUAGGCAGAUAGGGAGAGUACCCACAGGUACAGUGGUAGAGACCACAGGAGGGAAUCUGCCUUGUAAGAUGCUGCUGCAUGCAGUGGGACCAGUAGGUGGCAGCGUAGGUGGGAAUGAGCGUCCUCUGCUGGAGAAGACAGUAAAGGCAGCCCUGGAUCUGGCAGAGACCAUGGAACUCCAGACUCUGGCCAUGCCCUGCAUCAGCUCGGGGAUAUUUGGCGUUCCUCUGAAGGUGUGUUCUGAGGCCAUAGUCUCUGCAGUGAGGGACUUUGGGAGGGAACAGCGCAUCCUUACCAAGGUCACUCUGAUUGAUGUGAGUGGAGAGGCAGUGAGAGCCAUGCAGGAGGCCUGUGAUAGGCUGUUACAGGGUAAGAGGGAGUUUUCUGGGUGGGAGGUAGAGUCCAGCACCACCACUACACAUGCUCCUCAGAGAGACACCACUGCUGCCUCCGCCAGGGGAACAGCUGCUCCAGAGGUCUGUGUCCAGGUGGAGGUCAUCCAGGGAACCAUAGAGAAGCAGGAGGUGGAUGCUCUGGUGUCACCCAUGGUUGGUAGUGACCCUCUCUCCUCCCGAGUGGGUAAUGUCUUGUUGGAUGCAGCUGGACCGGCGCUGAUGACAGCGUUUCUGAGGGAAUCAGGGGGACGGACUGCACCUGGUGACAACGUUCUGGUGGAGGGACUGUCUGGUCUCAGCUCUGGCCGUGUCUUCUUCCUCAGCUGUGCACACUGGGACAACAACCCCCAAGGACCAGCAGUACAGGCUCUGAGGCAGGGUGUGAGGAAAAUCCUGACCUCUUGUGAGAACCGAGGCUUCCGUUCCGUUGCCUUCCCUGUAGUUGGAACUGGUGUGGUUCUGCAGUUCCCUGACAACGUGGUAGCACAGGUUCUGCUAGAAGAGAUCCGUAGGUUUGAGCAGAACCGAGCGAGCAGAACCCCCUUCCAUGUCCGCAUCAUUGUCCAUCCAAAUGACAGAGAUUCUACCAAGGCUUUUCAGAUUGCCCAGAAUGCUUUCCAUCUCAGAGGGUUCGUAUUAGGCACUCGACCAGAGCAAGAUAUCAGGAUUGUGCUGCUGGGGAAAACCGGAGGAGGUAAAAGCAGUGCUGGAAACACCAUCUUCGGACAAGAUGAUGUGUUCCUCGUAGACAGUUCUUCUACCUCCUCAACACAGAAAUGUGAAUCACAGACCAAGAACAUCAAAGGGAGAAACAUCACCCUGAUUGACACACCUGGAUUCUUUGACACUGACAUCCCUGAAGAGGAGCUGAAACCUAAAAUAGUCAAAUGUAUAACAGAGUGUGCUCCGGGGCCACAUGCCUUUCUCAUCAUACUGAAAGUGGAACGGUACACAGUCCACGAGAACGAAACCGUAGCGAAAAUUGAGAAAUAUUUUUCACCAGAGGCCUUCAAAUAUGCCACAGUCCUUUUCACUCAUGGUGACCAGCUCAAUGGUUUGACCAUUGAGAAGUUUGUGCAACAGAAUGCUGAACUGAACAAGCUUGUGGAGAAAUGUGGAGGCCGCUAUCACGUGAUCGACAACAAAUACUGGAACACCAAUCAGCAGGGUCGGUACAGCAAUCAGUAUCAAGUAGCAGAGUUACUCAACAACAUAGAGAAGAUGGUGAGCGAUAACGGAGGAGGGUUCUACAUCAACGAGAUGCUCCAAGAGGCAGAGAGAUUAAUACAAGCAGAGAUAGAGAGUCUUAGGAAGGAGUUAAAAGGCCAGAUGUCAGAGGAAGAGAUGAGGAAACAGGCCAAGGAAAGAGCGAGGAGGAAACUCCUGAUCAAAUUGUCAGGGAUAGCAACAGGUGCAGUGGUAGGAGCUCUACUUGGGGUUGCAAUGGUGAUGGGGAUCCCACUUCCAUUAGCUACAAAACCACUGGUUAAUUUAGUCAAACGUCAGAUGGUAGCUUCAAUGACAAUAGGGCCAGCAGUCGUGACAAAGGCAGUACGACCAGUACUUGCAUCAAAGAACGGGGCGACCAUGGGACUGGGUUCAAAGAUAGGUACAGGGGUAGGCAUAGCUGCAGGAGUUGUCGUUGGGAUGGCCGCAACAGCAGGAGCAAUAAGAGGAGGGAUAGUAGGAGCUACUGCAGCAGAGGAGGCAGAGACAGUACAGGAGGCAGCAGAGAAAGCAGCCAAUGCUGUCUACCAUGAAGCUAAGGGUCUUUAUGACCAGGCAGGACAACUUCUGCUAAGGUACAGUAACUCUAAGUAGAUGAGAUAUUAUUAUAUAUAUUUUUUUACCUUUAUUUAACUAGGCAAGUCAGUUAAGAACAAAUUCUUAUUUUCAAUGACGGCCUAGGAACAGUGGGUUCGUAGAACAGUGGGGAGUACGUUAUCACUCGAAUAGCGAAUAGAAGCCGCUUUCCUGACAGUAUUUAUUUUAUUUUUUUAACUCAUGAGGUAGGCUACUCGGUUAUUUCACCUCACACAUCAACCACUAAACAGUUGAGCUGCGCGACAGCUGAUAUUCUGCCCAAACUCUGUAUGCUAUGGGCUCUCCAACCCUGUUCCUGCAGCUAACAAGUGCUUAAUUUGGCCAACCAAGUUAAAUCUGUUCGGAAAAUUGAUAGUAACAUGUUUUAACAACGAAAGAUAAUUCAUUAAACUGUUGACAGCCCCUCUCUCAGCUCGCUCCAAUAAGGAAUGAAGGAGAGAUGGAGAUGGAAAUGCAUGGUGGUGAGAUAGUCAGUUGCUAAAGUUAAUGUGUCACUCUAUUAGUUAUGAAAGAAAAGCCCUAUUACUAGGCUAUUCAAAAUCAUGUACAAAUGAUCUAUAAUUGUUGGCUAACUGAAUUUGUAUAGGAUAGACCAAUUAUGUACCAAAGACAUCUUAAAUCAUUUUUUUAAAUGUUUUUCUGACAUGCAUAAUAUGUGGUAGGCUAUGUGUUGAAUAAUGGCACAAUCAUUAUUUAAAUGCAGGUUUUUUGGGGGGCUUGGCCUCAUAUAUAUGAAAAUUGUGUAUGCAUAAGCUCUAAUAUGUGUGUUUUUGAAUUAAUCAUCACCUUAGCACUGUCCAUUUCGUUGUUAGGCUUUGAAACGACAUCCACAUCCAUGUUUUCCAUUUAGUUUCAACCUGUCGUUGAACUUCUUUCUUCAAAGUGAUCAAUCACAGUGAGAUGAGUUUUAAAAGCACAUACUGUUUUGAUGAUUUUUUUAAAAUGUGAUUUUCGAUUGCUUUUGUAUUGAUGUCAGAGUGGUUAGAGGGACAAUAGAGUGAUCUGAUGAUAAAUUAGUAUUCUGAUGACCAUUAGCGAGUUGGGUACUACCAGACCGCACAAAGGGAGAUUACCAUGACUCAAAGGUCACAUGGAAUCUUACUGCGUUCAUGACUCAUGACAGCCAGUGUGGUGGUAAUAUAGUCACCACAACAGCCCUAGAAAAUGAUUCUAUAUUUUUUCUGGGCCAUGACCAUCCAUAGGUUUAUGGUUCACACACCUGAAUUUUUUUAUUCUUUUUAUUUCACCUUUAUUUAACCAGGUAGGCCAGUUGAGAACAAGUUCUCAUUUACAACUGCGAACUGGCCAAGAUAAAGCAAAGCGGUGCAGCACCAACAACAACACAGUUGUUACACAUGGAAUAAACAAAUGUACAGUCAGUAACACAAUAGGAAAAAAAUCUAUAUACAGUGUGUGCAAAUGAGGUAAGAUUAGGGCGGUAAGGCAAUAAGUAGGCCGUAGUGGCGAAGUAAUUACAAUUUAGCAAUUAAACACUGGAGUGAUAGAUGUGCAGAAGAUGAAUGUGCAGGUAGAGAUACUGGGGUGCAAAGGAGAAAAAAAAAUACUAAUAAAUAACAAUAUGGGGAUGAGGUAGUUGGAUGGGCUAUUUACAGAUGGGCUAUGUACAGGUGCAGUGAUCUGUGAGCUACUCUGACAGCUGAUGCUUAAAGCUAGUGAAGGAGAUAUGAGUCUCCAGCUUCAGUGAUUUUUGCAAUUCAUUUCAGUCAUUGGCAGCAGAGAACUGGAAGGAAAGGUGGCCAAAGUAGGAAUAGGCUUUGGGGGUGACCAGUGAAAUAUACUUGCUGGAGCGCGUGCUAUGGGUGGGUGCUGCUAUGGUGACCAGUGAGCUGAGAUAAGGCGAGGCUAUACCUAGCAAAGAUUUAUAGAUGAUUAGGGAUUAGGAUUAUGGACACAUGGGUUUUUUACUCUUUGCCUUCAUUGAAAUUAUUAUUACAUCAAAGUAAUAAAAUAUGACCUAAUCAUUGGACACAGAUAGUACAUUUUCUUAACAUUUCUUUUACUUUGCAGUAAUGUAAUUUCUGUAAAACAUGCAUAUUUCAAUUUGAUAUAUUAGAGAGAAUACAGUUGAACACAAACCGUCUAAAGUGAUUGUUGACCUAUUUUAUGUGUCACGUGGUUAUGCCCAUAUGUGUACAUCCAGUCCUGACAUUCUCACGCUAUCGAGUGAGUGCUUAUAUAACCUGAUAGUGCAUCUGUUUAGGGUAAAGCAUGUUGUAAAUUACAGUAUAUUUGAUAAUAUGUUUAAUCAUUUUCAUGUUGUAAAUUACAGUAUUUGUGUUUGAUAUUGAACACUAACAUAAAAUUAUGGUCAUGACAUGUUUGAGAAGUAUUAUUGAGAACCUACAUUAAAUUAGAGUGAUAUUUUUUGUUAUUUACUCUGUCAAUUUUUAAGUGUGGUAUUUCUAUAAUUACAAUUAUGUUUUUGUUGUAUUAUAAUAUUUGUAUAGUUUUUUUUCUCGUAAGUAAUAAUUCAUGUGUAUUGAUCAUUAUGGUUGUUGACUGUUUGUUACAGAUUUGGUAAACCCAAAAACUAACACAUGCAUUACAUAAUUAUUUUCUAGAAAUGAUAGGAGUAAUUAAACAGUUGAAGUAUAUUUAAAAUUGUGAAAGUGUAUGUCAUACCAAUGAAAUCUCAUUCAACCUGUUUUCCGUUUUUGGUGAUUAUUACAAAUAGUAAUGUUUAGAACAUGUUAAGAAAAGUUUAAGAAAAUCAAUGUUUGUGCAAUAUUUUUUAUUUCUAAAUACUUUCUUGUAAUAUUUCACUUUUUAAAAUAUAAAAUCAAUGCCUAAACAAC